CGGUGCGAACGGUGCGACGAGACGAGACGAGACGAAACGACGAAACGAAACGAGAAAAGAAGAGAGGACAAAAAUAAGAAAAAAAAAGAAAGAAAGAGAGAAAAGAAGAAGGGAUCGGUGAUGUGUCGCGCGUCACGUGCUCCACGUGUCGGCAACGCGAUGAAUCCUCCAACUCCAAGAAUCUUCUUCCUCUUCUUCCGCUACGUGGCGUGCGUCGAUCGAUGAAGGAAGUUUUUUUCCUCCUCAUCACGGAAGACUCGGAGGAACGUUCGAAGCUGGAGAUCGAUCGUGUUCUCCCAUGUGCCGAUCUUGCGAUGCUCGUCGAUUCUUCGACGUUUCCGCCAGAUUUUCCUCCUCCAGUCUUUCAAUUCUGCUCCGUCUUCCGCUCUUGUCUACGCGAGAAGGAUGUCGAAGACGACGGUACGAGAAUCGACGAUAGUGACGCUCGGUGAGCGACGGGAAUGAAUGAAUCGAAGUCGUUUUUCGAUCCGAUCGGUUGCCUCGAGAGUGAGAUGUGACGCGGAAAACGGUCGAGACGAUUCGCUCGUAUGACUUUCCUAUAGAAAGAGGGGAGAGGGUGUUAAGAGGGAGGUACUCGGUGUAAAACUCGCGUAUAAAUCGUCACGAUCGUGUCGUUGGUGUCGAUAGGCAACGGACGCGAAUCUACCAAGGAGAAACGGAUAAAAAAGGCGGAAGGUAAAUAAGUAGAAGAGGCAGAUGAGAUGUGAAGUACGAGGACAGGAGGGUGCCGCUGCCACCACCGCCGCCGCCACCGCCGCCUCCACCACCACCGCCGUCCAAGUCGAAGUCCGAGUAGAAUUAGCGGAAGUCGCAAAGCCGGAGACAGGGUCGCUGGCGAUCGUCGAGGCAACGAGACGUCACGACCGAAACUGGGGCGGGCCGCCUGAGAUGACGGCCCUGCGACGAUCCUUCGCGGCACCCGCUUACAAGAGCUCCUUCGUCCUCCUGUCCCUCCUUGGUUUGCUGCUACGGAUAAACCCUACCACCGGUGGUAUCUGUUGGUCAUCGAUCAGCAAUGGCCGCUGCAAGGAAUUAUUGUCUCAAGGUGUCACGAGAGAAGAUUGUUGCGCGUCGAAUGCGGCUGCUGCAACGGCUUACUCGGAUGAAGAUUUGGACAGUGGAAGUCUUUUCUUUUGGAGAGUUCUCGGAGGUGGCGUUCAAUGUCGACCUUGCAGAGAGAGUUGCGCGGAAGUGAAAUGCGAGGAAGGGAAAAAGUGCGUGGUGCGGAGGGGAAGGCCUCGAUGCGUCUGUAGCCCCGAAUGCAAAGCACCGAGAGGGGGUGGCCCGGUCUGCGGAACGGACGGAAGGAGUUAUAAGAGCUUGUGCAGGCUCAAGAAGCGAGCUUGUAAGAAGGGGAGCCACGAACUUGCCGUUGCCUACACCGGCCACUGCCAAAGUUCGUGCGCACGGGUCCGGUGCGGCCAAGGUCGGAGCUGCCUGCUGGACCAGAACCUAAGUCCUCACUGCGUGAGGUGCGCCCGCAGGUGCCCGCAAGCGCCCUCGCACCAGCUCGCAGCCGCGCGCCCCGUUUGCGGGGCCGACGGAAACACCUACAAGAGUGCCUGCCACCUGCGACUCGCCGCCUGCCGCGCGGGUCGCGCCAUUCCGGUCGCCUAUAAGGGCCACUGCAAACAGAACGCGGAUUGCACGACGAUUCGCUGUCGAGAGGGGCAGACCUGCCUGACGGAGAUAAAGUCCGGUCGGCCGCGUUGCGUGACCUGCACGUACCGUUGCCCCCGGAAGCGGGAGCGCGUCCGGAACCGGACGCACCGCGAUCGUGAUCGGGAUCGAGAUCCAUCGACGACCAUGCUGUGCGCGACCAACAACAUCACCUAUCCCAGCUGGUGUCACAUCGUCAAGGACGCCUGCGUCACCGGCUUCGUUCUCGAGACGCGACAUGCCGGACCCUGCAACGCCUACGACACGUCUCCCCUUUAUAUCGAAGAGGACAAUACGUCGAGCAACUAUGGCGUAGAUUUGGCUGACGAGGAAAGGAAGAUUUCAGAGGUAGACUCAGAAUCCUCUCAGACUUUCCAACCGCAUCGUUCAUUGGCAUCGACGUAGCGCGCUUAGAGGUUUAACACGCUGAAUGGUAGGAUAGAUAAAAUGCAACCAACUCGAAUCGUCCUCGCGAACGACGAGACGAAUCGAAACCAAGAAUUGUCCCUCUUUCGUCUUGAACGAUCCCUUUCACGAAAAUUCCAUGACUUUGAUAUGUCCGAUAUGUAUGUAUAUAUUUGUGUGUGUGUAUAUGUGUAUAUAUAUAAAAAUAUACAUAUACACGCAUACGAUAUAUACAUGUAUGUAUGUAUGUAUAUAUCGGUGAGAGAUGUAAGAGUGAAAGGGAAAGACAGGAUGCAUACAUAUAUAUGUAUGUAUGAAUGUAUGUUUGUAUGUAUGUAUGUAUGUAUGUAUGUAUGUAUGUAUGUAUGUA